ACAUCUAGAACUCACCACACAAUGAUUAACUUCCCUUAUCAAAUCCCGGGUUUCGUCCUAAGUUUCAUUUGACGCUUACAAUACAGUAGAAGAAAGUAAAACAAGAUUGCUGUUUCCAUGGCAGGCAAGGAAGCGAUGAUCCCUCUUCUUACUCCACAUAAGAUGGGAAAGUUCGACCUGUCUCAUAGGAUAGUUUUAGCACCAUUGACGAGAUGUAGAUCAUUCAACAAUAUGCCCCAAUCGCAUGCUAUCUUAUAUUACACUCAGCGUGCAACCAAUGACGGUUUUCUCAUAUCUGAAGCCAAUGCGGUUUCUACUACUGCAAUGAGUUUCCAAGACAUACCUGGACUUUGGACAAAAGAACAAGUAGAAGCAUGGAAACCUAUUGUGGAAGCUGUUCAUGAGAAGGGAGCCGUCUUCUUCUGCCAGAUUUCCCACGCUGGCCGUGCGUCUAAUUACGCUCUUCAACCUAAUGGUGAGGCUCCAAUCUCAUCCACUAGUAAGGGGAUCACACCCGGCCUUGAAGGACGAGAUUGGUCACCUCCUCGUCGGAUAAGGACUGAUGAAAUUCCCAAUAUCGUCAAUGAUUAUAGGCUCGCUGCACGUAAUGCCAUCGAAGCAGGAUUCGAUGGGGUUGAGAUCCAUGGUGCAUACGGGAACUUAAUCGAGCAGUUCAUGAAAGAUGAAGUAAACGAUAGAACCGAUCGAUAUGGUGGGAGUUCAGAAAAUAGGUGUCGGUUUGCUCUGGAAGUAGUCGAAGCUGUGGUUAAUGAAAUUGGAGCAGACAAAGUCGGAAUGAGACUUUCACCUUACAGCAACGCCUUGGAAGCCGGUGACUCGAACCCGGAAGCACUAGGCAUUUACAUGGCGAAUGCGCUUAACCAAUUCGGCAUCGUUUAUAUUCAUGUGAUUCGGAACAGAGCGUUUAGCCUUCUUCCGAUGAGGAAAACCUUCAAGGGGACUUUCAUUGUUGCUGGGGCAUUUGAUAGGGAAGAUGGAAACAAGGUCAUUGCUGAUCAGUCCGCAGAUUUGGUGGCGUUCGGACGCCUUUUCUUGGCUAAUCCGGAUUUGCCGAGACGGUUCGAGCUCAAUGCAGCUUUAAAUACAUGUAAUGAGACCACCUUGUACCUUUCCGAUCCUGUCAUCGGUUACACUGAUUAUCCAUUUCUUGAAGCUUAAUAAUUUCCUCCCAUCCUUAGAAAACUUUGAAUGGAUCAUAUUUUUCGUUCC